AUGCCUCCAGUUCAGUCCAUGCUGUGGUGGUGUAAGGCUGCGACGCUCCUCGAAGCACCAUGGCAUGAAAUGGAGGCUCCUAGAAGCAAGAUGGAAGAAAAGCAGGGUCCAGAGCGGAAGAGGAUUAAAAAGGAGCCUGCCACCAGAAAGCCUGGCUUGCUCUUCGGAAUGGGCCUUUCGGGGAUCCGGGCAGGCUACCCGCUCUCCGAGCGCCAGCAGGUCGCUCUCCUUAUGCAGAUGACAGCAGAAGAGUCUGCAAACAGCCCAGUUGACACAACACCAAAGCAUCCCUCUCAGUCUACAGUUUGUCAGAAGGGAACUCCUAACUCUGCCUCCAAAACCAAAGAUAAAGUAAAUAAGAGAAACGAGCGAGGAGAGACUCGGCUGCAUCGAGCUGCCAUCCGAGGAGAUGCCCGGCGCAUCAAGGAGCUCAUUAUCGAGGGUGCAGAUGUCAAUGUGAAAGACUUUGCAGGCUGGACGGCAUUGCACGAGGCAUGCAACCGGGGUUACUACGAUGUGGCAAAGCAGUUGCUUGCUGCGGGCGCCGAAGUCAACACAAAGGGGUUGGAUGACGACACCCCGCUGCACGAUGCAGCGAAUAACGGGCACUUCAAGGUGGUGAAAUUGUUGUUACAUUAUGGAGGGAAUCCUCAUCAAAGCAACAGGAAGGGCGAGACACCUUUAAAAGUAGCUAAUUCUCCCACCAUGGUGAAUCUGCUCCUGGGAAAGACCACGUACCCCUCUAGCGAAGAGAGCUCAACAGAGACCUCAGAAGAGGAGGAUGCCCCUUCCUUCGCUCCCUCCAGCUCUGUUGAUGGCAAUAACACAGACUCAGAGUUUGAGAAGGGUUUGAAGCACAAGCCCAAGGCCCAGGAGCCCCCCAAAACCAUCACCCCGGUGAAGGAUGAGUAUGAAUUUGAUGAGGACGAUGAGCAGGACCGGGUCCCGCCAGUCGAUGACAAACAUUUGCUGAAAAAGGAUUACAGAAAAGAGACUAAAGCAAACAGUUUCAUUUCCAUACCCAAAAUGGAAGUGAAAACUUAUACUAAAAAUAACACAAUUACACCAAAGAAAGCUGCCCACCGCAUCCUGUCGGACAGCUCGGACGAGGAGGAGACCAGUGUUGCUGUGGGGACGGGGGAGAAGCUGCGACUUUCGACCCACUCGAUAUUGCCCAGCAGCAAGAUUCGGGAGCCCGCCAGCACAAAGCCGCAGAAGGAGAAAAGCAAAGUAAAAAAGAAGCGGAAGAAGGAGACAAAAAGCAAAGAGGUUCGGUUUGGCAAAAAAAAUGACAAAUUUUGUUCCUCUGAAUCAGAGAGUGAAAACGUGGAGAGUGAGGAGGAUGAUAGAGACUCUCUUCAGAGCUCUAGCUGUGUAAAGGACUCCAGGCUAGUGCUAAAGGAAUCCUCCUUGUUUAACUCUCUGUCUGCCUCAUCAACCUCUUCUCAUGGGAGUUUAGCAUCCCAGAAACAUAAUCCUAAUCUUACAGAACAGCACUCCAAGCACUGGAGGACGGACAAUUGGAAAACCAUAUCUUCUCCAGCUUGGUCAGAUGUCAGUUCCUUAUCGGACUCCACCAGGACGAGACUGACGAGCGAGUCAGACUACUCGUCCGAGGACUCAAGCUUAGAGUCACUAAAGCCAGUCAGGAAGAAACCAGAGCACAAAAAGAAAAACACCCCACACAACACUGUUUCUGAGAAAAAGAAUUCAUUCCAUAGCAAUGUGGAUGGAGCAAUUCCAAAGCUGGACAAGGAGGGGAAGGUUGUUAAAAAGCAUAAAACAAAACACAAACAUAAAAACAAGGAGAAGGGGCAGUGUCCCAUCAGCCAAGACAUUAAAAUAAUCAAAACGUUUUCUUUUGAGUUUGAGGACUCUAAACAAAAGCCUGAGAAAGGCUUGAUAGUAGAGACAGAAAAUCCAGUCGAAAACAAAUUGAAAGUGUUAAAGCAUGAGCGAGAACAUGGUAAGAAGGAGGAAAAGCUCCCCAAGGGUAAAGCAGAGGAGAAGGAGUGGUUGUUUAAAGAUGAGACUGGAAAAUCCUCGAAAGAGGAGAAAUCAUUAAGAAAAGUCAAAGAUGGUAGUAAAGACAUGAACAAAUCCUUCAGAGAAGGAUUAAGUAAAUCAGAAAAAGAGAAACCUGUAAAGGAGAAGUCUCCCAAAGAGGAGAAGCCGAGAAUACACAAGGAGGAGAGAAAGAAGAAGUCAAAGGACAAGCAGUCAAAAUCUGAAAAGAAGAACGAGCUGAAGGAGGAGAAGGUUUCUAAACUAGAGAAGGAAAAAUCCUUCAAGGAGGAGAAAGAAAAAUGCAAAAAAGAAAAACUUUACAGGGAUGAGUCUGGGUUUGAUGAGUUCAGUAACAAAAACCAAUUUCCCGAAAGCGAGGACACGAAAUUCAGCCUUUCAGAUGAUCAGCAAGAGAGGUGGUUUUCAGACUUGUCUUCUGAUUCAUCCUUCGAUUUCAAAGGUGAAGAUAGCUGGGAUUCUCCAGUAACAGAUUUCAGGGAGAUUAAAAAUGACACCGUGGCAAAACUAAUCAUAGAACCUGUGAAAGAGGAAAUUAAGGACAAGAAAAAGGAAAAUAAAACGAAAGAGAAGAAGGAAUACAACGAGAAACGUAAUGAAAAGGACACUUUCUUAAAGAAGAAAGAGAGGGACUAUGUGGACAAAAGCUCCGAGAAGAAAAAGGACCAAACGGACAGACACAAAAUUACUCCUAGUUAUUUGCCUGAAAAGGAUAAGAAGAGGAAGGAUUCUGCAGAGAAUUCCUCUGAUGGCUCUAAAGAACGAAAAGAUACCAAAACGAAGCAGGAGGAGCCCUAUCGAGAUGACUUCAAAGAAUACGGCUGCGAAACGUUCUUCAAGGAUAAGUCUGACCCCGAAUUCAGUGGUAAAACUCUGGAGAGUUGGGAGAGGCACCAUUCUGGGAAGGAAAAGGAGAAGAAGGAUGCUCCCGAUAAAGAAAAAAAAGAAAAGGUGAAGCCAGAAAAAUACAAGGAAAAAUCGAAAGAAGGUGACAAGGAGAAAAAUGAAAAAGCUGCUGCUGAGAAAAUCCUGAAAGACAAAGAACUAGACAAGAGUUUCAAAGAGAAAAAAGAAACUAAAGAGAAAUACAAAGACUUGCACAGCAAAGACAAAGAAAGGAAGAGUUCUUUUGACCAGGUUAAAGAGAAGAAAGAGAAAAACUUCUCCGCGGAUCGAGAGGACUUCUCCGAGAAAAAGGAUGAGAAGAAAGGCAAGGAGAAAAGCUGGUACAGCAUUGCAGACAUCUUCACGGAUGAAAGCGAAGACGAGAGGGAUGAUUACAGCUUGUCUGGGUUCAAAGUCAGCGACUCCGCUGGGAGCGAAAUGCAUCGGCUGGACAGUCUGCAGGAGAAGGACGAUGGCGCAGCUGCUGAGAAGGAGCUGUACCCCGACAAGCACCGCAAGUACUCCUCUGACCGGCAACACUCAGGAGAGAAGCAGAAGGAUAAGGACUCCAAGGAGAAGAAAAAGGACAAAGGAACAUCGGAAGGGGGAAAAGAGAAGAAGGAGAAGAGUUCCUUUGAAAAACACAAAGAGAAGAAAGAGAAAGACUCUACCGAGAAGUACAAGGACAGGAAAGACAGAACAUCCAUCGAUUCCACUCAAGAGAAGAAAAACAAGCAAAAGCUCCCAGAAAAGGUUGAAAAGAAACACGCCAAUGAUGACAAGGUGAAAAGCAAGCAUAAGGAGAAGCCGGAUAAAGAGCAUUCCAAAGAGAAAAAGUCUUCGAAAGGAGGGGAGUCGGAGAAGAGCCUGCUGGAGAAAUUGGAGGAGGAGGCUCUGAAUGACUAUAGAGAUGACUCCAAUGACAAAAUCAGCGAGAUCUCUUCUGACAGCUUCACAGAUCGGGGACAAGAUCCAGGACUGACCAGCCUCUUUGAGUCUUCUAACCUCUCUCUUACUGAUGCCGCUGAAGAAAAGUUUAAGGACUCUCUCCCUUUACCCUGCUUGCAGGACAAACUCAAGGAGAAGGAGAGACACAGACAUUCCUCAUCUUCAUCAAAGAAAAGUCAUGAGAAAGAAAAAGCAAAGAAGGAAAAGACAGAGAAAAAGGAAAAAACAGAAGAAUUCAAAGACUCCAGCAGCAGAAAGGAUUCCGCUCAUUAUGAAAAAGAUUUCUCUGUGGAUGGGGAGGCUUUUAGCACUUCCUACAACAUGAAGGCAGAGCCUGAUGAGGAACCAGAGAAAAGCAUUGAUUACUUAUUUUCUGAAAAGAAAGAUAAAAAUGAUUCUGAAAGAGAGCUGUCAAAGAAGGCGGAAAAAGAAAAGACUUACGGUUCCAGCACCAUCAGCACAGUUAAAGAGAAAAAGAAGCGAGAUAAACACAAGGAAAAAUGGAAGGAGGAAAAGGAAAAGCAUAGAGACAAACACGCAGAUGGUUUCUUUAAGCAUCACAAAGACGAGCCAAAGUCAACACUUAAAGACAAGGACAGUCCUCAAGUUACCACCUUUAAAGAUAAAUCAAAGGAGGACAACCUCAAAUUCGGUGAAACCAAGCUGAAAGAGAAGCUCAAGGAGAACCAAGAGAAAGACAAAUCAGAGUCAAUAAAAAUAAGCAAUGGGAAUGAAAAAAUAACCCUUUCCAAAGACAGCGGCAAGAAAGACACCAGGCCAAGGGAGAAACUUCUGGGAGACGGUGAUUUGAUGAUGACCAGCUUUGAGAGGAUGCUAAGCCAGAAAGACCUGGAAAUCGAGGAGCGCCACAAAAGGCACAAAGAGAGAAUGAAGCAAAUGGAGAAAAUGAGGCACAGGUCCGGAGACCCCAAAUUAAAGGACAAACUUAAAAGUUCGGAAGAUGUGCGCAAGAGGAGUCUGGAUCUGGCAACAAAGAAGCCGUUAACGCUGGAUACUCAGCUCAAGGACAAGAAACUUAAAGAAUUGGGUCCUCUGACUCCUAUACUGUCCCCAGAAAACAAGGCACAGCCUGCUGUUGGGACAGACUCUAAGGACUGGAUAACGGGUCCUCAGCUGAAGGAGAUCCUCCCGGCGUCUCCCAGGCCGGAUCAGAACCGGCCGACGGGAGUCCCGACCCCAGCAUCCGUCGUCUCUUGUCCAAGCUACGAGGAGGUGAUGCAGACGCCCAGGACUCCUUCGUGCAGUAACGAAGACUACACGGACCUGAUGUUUGAAUGCGCGGACUCGCAGCACUCGCUGCCCAUAUCCACGAUGUCCAUGAAUGCCUGUUCUCCAUCCUUCUUUGACAGAUACACGAAUGUUUCCAGUGGGCUCCCCGAGAAUCCAAGUCAGACCCCGACUCGUACCAUACCCUCCACGAACCUUUAUCGUUCCAUCUCGGUUGAUAUCAGAAGGGCACCUGAAGAAGAAUUCAGUGUCGGAGAUAAAUUUUUCAGACAGCAAAGCGUCCCGGCGACAUCAAAUUAUGACUCUCCAGUGCAGCAUUUAAUGGAGGAGAAAGUUCCCCUGCCUUCUUUUCCGGCUGAUAAGUUCCAGUGUUUAUCUCCGGGGUAUUACUCACCAGAUUAUGGGGUUUCGUCACCGAAAGUGGAAGCUUUGCACUGUGCGCCAGGAGCUGUCAGCGGAGUCGCCCAGUCGCCUGAAAGUGUCUUUUCUGGUUUACAAGCAAAAUCCUCCCCUUCACACAGAGAUGAAUUGCUGGCUCCUUCAGUAGAAAGUGCUCUUCCCCCCGACCUCGGCAUGCCCUUGGAUACCACGGAAGAGCAGCAAGCUACUGCCUCCAUUAUGCCACCAGAAUCUACCUACUUACCACCAAUUGAAGAAAACCAUUUUAGUUCGGGUAUGCCAGAACAAAACAAUAUAGACUGGGAUAACCCUCCUUCCAGAAACCCUGACACCGCCAUUCCUCCCAGCCUGAUGGGUAACCCAGCUGAGCACUCUGUGAGCUGGUCCAUGGGCUCAGAGCUUCUGAUGAAAUCUCCCCAGCGGUUUCCCGAGUCCCCUAAACCUCCGCUCUGUUCCCUAGAGCCGAUUCAUCCUACACCGGUAGCCUUCAUUCCCGCAGAUGCUUCCUACCCCGUUUCUCCCAUAUCUUACCCUCUGUCAGUGUCUGAACCGGGGCUCGAUGAAGUCAAGGAGGAUGCUGAGGAAGCAGUUCCAGGAGAAAUAGCAAAUGCCGAAGAGCAAGCUCCGUACAUGUCCCCUACUAGGUUAGACACGUUCUUCAAUAACUGCAAGCCUCUUCCAGAAGAAGCACCUGAGAUACCUCCAGAGCCCCCUUGUAUGCCAGCAGAACCUCAGGCAGAAGUUGUUAGCGCGCCAGAAAACAACUAUUUGGAAAACAAUAACGCUGCGCCUGCAAAUACAGAGGAGGCGGUAACGUGGCCUGAUCCCUUCACCAAUACAGAAGAUGACUUGGACCUUGGCCCCUUCUCGCUACCAGAGCUGCCGCUCCAACCUAAGGAUGUUGCAGAGACAGAGAUGACGGAGGCAGAAACGGUAGAAGAAAGCCCAGCAGCAGCUUCAGAGACAAGCGCUGGGAUCAUUAAAGCGAGUGCGUCCAUAAUAGCAUCCGGUGAGCCGGAGGAGCCGCCAGCCAGCCAGGCAACUGCUGUCCUGCCUGCGGAGACGGAGCCACAAGCAGAGGAGCAGAAACCAGAAGUGGCUGCACAAGAAGCCACCUCAGAAGCGCUGAACGUAGCUGAGGAAAAAGGAGCAGAGGACUCGGAAGCACAGAUUUUCCAGCAGACGCCGUCCGAGCCUGCUCAGGCGGAGAGCAAAGAGGCGGAGGCCACGCACGAAGACCUGUCUUCUUCUGGUGGGGUGGCAGAGAGCGGCUCCCAGACCUGUCCCCCACCCGUGGCCACCGCCGAGGGCAGCGUUUCACAGGAGGGUGCUGCGGCACGCGGUGGGAGCCAAGUCCCUUCGUCCCAGGCAGAUGCACCUCCGAGCAAUGCUCAAGCAGAAAUCGUUGAACCAGUGCAAAAACCAGUAGCAGAAGCUCCCAAACCGCCCAAAAUAGAAGAGAUUCCUCAGCGGAUUACCAGGAACCGGGCUCAGAUGCUUGCCAACCAAAACAAGCAGAACGCCGCCUCUUCUGAGAAGGAAUUUCCUCCCGUUUCUGCGCCCGCCACACGUGCCAAAGGCCGCAUUACAGAGGAGGACGAUUCCCAGGCUCAGCACCCGCGCAAGCGCCGGUUCCAGCGCUCCAACCAGCAGCUGCAGCAGCAGAUCAACACGUCCACCCAGCAGACGAGGGAGAUGAUACAGCAAACACUGGCAGCUAUCGUAGAUGCUAUAAAACUGGACGACAUUGAACCUUAUCACAGUGACAGGUCCAACCCCUACUUUGAGUACCUCCAGAUCAGGAAAAAGAUUGAAGAGAAGCGGAAAAUCCUCUGCUAUAUUACUCCCCAAGCUCCGCAGUGCUACGCUGAAUAUGUCACCUAUACAGGCUCCUACCUGUUGGAUGGCAAGCCUCUAAGCAAGCUCCAUAUCCCAGUGAUCGCCCCGCCGCCGUCGCUCGCGGAGCCUCUGAAGGAGCUCUUCAAGCAGCAGGAAGCCGUCCGGGGGAAGCUGCGGCUCCAGCACAGCAUAGAGCGGGAGAAGCUCAUCGUCUCCUGCGAGCAGGAGAUUUUGAGAGUUCAUUGUCGGGCAGCAAGGACUAUUGCCAACCAGGCUGUGCCCUUCAGUGCCUGCACCAUGCUGCUGGACUCCGAGGUCUAUAACAUGCCUCUAGAAAAUCAGGGAGACGAAAACAAAUCGGUCAGAGACCGUUUCAACGCGCGACAGUUCAUUUCCUGGUUGCAAGACGUGGAUGACAAGUACGAUCGGAUGAGGACGUGCCUGCUCAUGCGACAGCAACACGAAGCUGCCGCCUUGAACGCAGUGCAAAAAUCCCUCUGCGUGAACGAGGUGCCCUCGUUCUAUGUGCCAAUGGUCGACGUGAACGAUGACUUUGUGCUCUUGCCGGCAUGA